CACUUUUACAAAUAAAUCAUAAUUUCUAUAGAAAACCAAAUUUUUCCUAAUUUCUUAAUUGAAAUUUUUCUCCCCCAAAUACAUACAUUCAAAAUUCUUUGAAGUUUAAUUAUCUUAAAUGUCCAAAGCUCUCAAGUCUGACACAACCACCAGCAAUGAGCCGUCAAGUAGCGCCAAUUCAAGUGGCAGUGUCAGUGAUUUUGAAACUGCCAUAGCGGCUUGUGGUUUUGGCUGUUUCAAUAUUUGUCUUUUAAUUGUCACAAUGUCACCUUUGAUUUCGGCCAUAUUCUCCACAUCAUCGUUGUCCUUUAUACUGCCAACGGCUGAAUGUGAUUUGCAAUUAAGUCUGAUGCACAAAGGUGUUUUAAAUGCAAUGUGUUUCGCGGGCAUGAUUGUUUCAGCCAUACCCUGGGGCUACAUAGCCGACACCAUGGGUCGCAAAAUGGUAUUAGUGUAUGCUCUACUCUUUGAUGGCAUAAUUGUCGUUUGCACUGGCAUCAGUCAAACUGUGAAUCAAUUAUUGAUUUUUAAAUUUUUCGAUGGCUUUUUCGUUUGUGGGCCCUUUGCUGUGGUCAUGUCGUAUGUUUCCGAAUUUCAUGGUCUACAACAUAGAGGACGCAUCAUGAUGGGCAUUGGUAUGAUUAAGGCAGCUGCUACUAUUAUAUUGCCCAUUAUAGCUUGUGGUAUACUGCCUAAUCAUUUCUCUAUACAACUGGGAAGUUUUAUAAAGUUGCAUACUUGGCAUGUUUUCAUACUUAUAACCGCUAUAGUACCAUUACUUGGUGGUUUCCUAAAUUCAUUUUUCCCCGAAAGUCCCAAAUUUCUCAUGUCUCAGGGCCGUAAUGAUGAGGCAUUGGAGUGUUUACGCAUGAUUUUUGCUAUAAAUCAUAGGAGACCAAAGACUGAGUAUCCGAUAACAAACUUGCUCGAUGAAGAUCCCGAAAAAACUGAACUUCACACCAGACGCAAUAGUAAGGAAUACAAAAAAACCCAUAAAACAAUGGCUCAUAAACGCCAGCAGGCCAAAGAACAGUUUUUUGAAGGUCUGCGGCAAUUGCGGCCCAUGUGUUCCAGUCCCUAUCUAAAGCAAUCGUUACAAGUAUAUUCCAUGUUAUUUUGCAUACUUUUAGGACUUAAUUCCAUACGUUUAUGGCUGCCACAAAUCUUUGUUACCAUGGUGGAAUUUAAAGAGAAAAAUAUGGCCUCCAGCAGCAUGUGCACAGUAUUGCAAUAUAAUUACAAUAAAACAAUAAUAUUAGCAUCUGGUCAACAAGUGGUUAAUUGUGAUUUGCAGCACAUUAAUGCCAGCUCGUAUAGUGACAAUAUUGUGGUGGCGGUUAUAUCCUUCUUUUGCUUUUUAUUAGUCACUAUAGUGGUUAAUAAACUGGGCAAUAAUAAUGUUUUAAAAAUAGCUUUAUGCUUGGCCUUUCUUUCAGGUGUAACAAUGUACUUUUCCAAUUCCCAUUUAAUGACUUUAAUUUUGGCCUCUGCGUUUGUUAGCUCUGCUAGUGUCUCGGCCACCACAGUUAUUAGUGUUUCGGUGAAUUUAUUUCCCACAAAUAUGAGAACAAUGGUGAUAAUAAUGGUGAUGACAUUUGGUCGCUGUGGCUCUCUAUUGGGCAAUAUAUUAUUUCCCUAUUUUAUAUCUAUGGGUUGUAUACCACCAUUUCUACUAAUUGGAGGAGUUAUGACAGUCUCAUUUGUGUUAUCUCUGUUCCUACCGAAUACCCACAAAAUCGCUUUGAAAUGAUAAUAUGGUAAUUUUUAUAUGUUUAUUAAGAAUAAAUAAAAAGUUUUUUAUGCAUUUAUUUU